GCAGAGCAUCCUUCCCAGAUGGAAACAAUGCAGCCUAUUCAGAAGACUAAAACGGAAUGUUUCAGAUGGCCAGGAUGAGACAGGGUGGCUGUCUGUCAGGCUGGGAUGGAGCUGGUCCCUUUAACCACUGCAUCUCCAGCUGUGAUUGGGAGUCAGCUCUCAAAUAGGAAACAACCACAGGAAAUGGUACCUGCGUGGAAGUACUGAAGCCUGGAGAGGGAACGCAGCAAGCAUUUGCUAUAGGAUUUUGGUUCAGGUGGAAGCUGAGAGAGGGGAGAGAAAGUGGCUGUGAUGAAGGACCCUGAUAUUCAUUGUGGGGAUUGGAUUUUUCACUCUCUGCUUCUUAAUGACAUCACUGGGAGGCCAGUUUUCAGCCAAACGACUGGGAGACUCUCCAUUCACCAUCAGAACAGAAGUGAUGGGUGCUCUGGAGUCCAGAGGGGUGCUGAGGAAAAUGAGUGAUAUGCUGGAGAUGAUGGUGAAGAGGAUGGAUGUGCUAGCCAGGUUGGAGAAUAGCACGGACUUCCGGAAAGGGGAAGAGGCACAUUUUCCUAUGGACAGGUUCCAUCCAGUGGUUGGCUUGAUGGAGAGGAUCCAAGCAAUUGCUCAGAAUGUCUCAGACAUUGCAAUGAAGGUGGAUCAGAUUCUUCGCAACAGCCUCUUAAAUGGAAAACCAAUAGAAGGCAGACGGGACCAGUGUGAGGUGCCCAGGGACCCUAAGUACCCUGACUGCUCCGGAAAAGUGGAAUGGAUGAGGGCCAGGUGGACAUCAGAUCCCUGCUAUGCAUUUUUUGGUGUGGACGGCACAGAAUGCUCGUUCCUCAUCUACCUCAGUGAAGUGGAGUGGUUUUGCCCUGUGCUGCCUUGGCGAAACCAGACAGCAGCUGCGCCUUCCACAAAACCACCACCCAGGGUGCAGGCAGCUUUUCAGAGAGAGCUCUCCUACCUUCUGAAGUUGAUUGGCAGUGGCAAAGAGUCUUUGAUUUUCAUGAAAAAAAGGAUCCGGCACUUGGCUACACAAUGGUUGCAGGCCUCACAUAAACUGGAACAGAAGCUGGGGGACAAACAGAAGGAUCAGAAACAGAUUUUGAUCCAUAUUGGUUUCUUGACAGAGGAAUCGGGAGAUGUUUUCAGCCCUCGCGUGUUAAAGGGGGGUCCUCUGGGGGAGAUGGUCCAAUGGGCAGAUAUUUUAGCUGUCCUUUUCAUCCUGGGUCACAACCUGAAAAUCACUGUCUCUUUGAAAGAGCUCCAGAGCAACUUAGGGGUGCCUCCUGGCCGAGGUAACUGUCCCUUGACGGUCCCUUUGCCUUUUGAUCUCAUUUAUACUGACUAUCACGGUCUGCAGCAAAUGAAGCAACACAUGGGCCUCUCCUUUAAAAAAUACAGGUGCCGUGUUCGAGUAAUUGACACUUUUGGGACCGAACCUGCAUACAAUCAUGAGGAAUAUGCCACACUGCAUGGCUACCGGACCAACUGGGGCUACUGGAACCUCAACCCCAAGCAGUUCAUGACAAUGUUCCCUCAUACUCCUGAUAAUUCUUUCAUGGGUUUUGUGUCUGAGGAGCUCAAUGAGACUGAGAAGCAAUUUAUUAAAUCCAACAAGGCUAACAACAUGGCAGUGGUAUAUGGGAAGGAAGCCAGCAUUUGGAAGGGCAAAGAGAAUUUUCUAGCUAUCCUUAACAAGUACAUGGAGAUCCACGGCACUGUUUACUAUGAAACCCAACGUCCACCUGAGGUCCCGGCUUUUGUGAAGAAUCAUGGUCUUCUGCCACAACAUGAGUUCCAGCAACUGCUGAGAAAAGCCAAGCUCUUCAUUGGGUUUGGCUUCCCCUAUGAAGGCCCCGCCCCUUUGGAAGCAAUAGCCAACGGGUGUGUUUUCCUGCAGGCUCGUUUUAAACCACCCCACAGUUCACUCAACCAUGAAUUCUUCAGAGGGAAGCCGACAUCACGAGAGGUGUCCUCCCAGCAUCCCUAUGCAGAGGAUUUCAUAGGGAAGCCUCAUGUGUGGACAGUGGACUACAAUAAUUCUGAGGAGUUUGAAGCUGGCAUCAAAGCCAUCAUGAGGACUAAGGUGGAUCCUUAUCUGCCUUAUGAGUACACAUCUGAAGGGAUGUUGGAGCGAAUUCAUGCCUACAUUCAGUACCAGGAUUUCUGUGCUGUUGCUGCUCUGCCAGACCAGUCCAACAGCCACACUAUGCAAAGCUCUGCAAGCCCAUUCAGGCUGCAACCCAAUUCCACUUACCUGGCAUGGUCUGGCAAUUCCAGCAGCAGCCUCCCAGCGUGGCCCCCAGUGAAAUCCAUGCAGGUGUGGGUAUCGGAUGUUGGACAGGCAUGCACCAGUACUUGUCAGAAGCAUGGGCUGGUCUGCGAGCCGGAGUUUUUCAAGUUCAUCAACCAAAAGGAAGUGUUUCAGCAGCUCAACAUUGUCUGUGACAGCACAGAGUCAGAGAUGAAUCACCUCUACCCAGCUGUGGCUGAAAAUGUCCGGGAGUGCUACCUCCAGAAGGAACCUCUAUUAUUUAGUUGUGCAGGAUGCAAUACCAAGUACCAGCGCCUCUGCCCAUGUCGCGAUUACCGGAAGGGACAAGUGGCACUGUGCAGGGAUUGUUUGUGAUUCCAGAGCAUGUGUGCUGUGACAUACCACAUGCAACAAGUAACUUUUAUUUUGCAAAGCCUCUGCAAUACUCAAGAAGGUCCAAAUGGGAUCAUCUUCUUGAAGACUUGUGAAAAUACUUGGAUCUCAAUGAGACUUCAUUGUUUUGUCUGCCAGUCAAGGGUGAAUGACUUUUUCCAACAUUACUUUACUUCUUAAGGCAUAUCUCCCACCACAUAUAAGUUCACUGGAGACCUCAAAGGGACCAAGAAAGGCCACAUUGAACAUCCUUCUGAAGGACAAGGCACCACUUUAGGAUAUCAUCUUCUUUAAACAUCUUUAUUUUUUAUUGGGGGUGAGGAGUUGAAAUUAAAACUGGAAAACCAACAAA